GGCGGCCGGCCCGGCCGGGGCGGGCGGGAAGGUGGCGCCUCGGGCGGGGGCCGGUCCCUGCACCAGGUGACCUGUUCCGGCCCGGAUCCGGGCGGCCUCGCCAUGCAGCGGUGCGGCGCGGGGCUCGGGUGGCCACGGCGGCAGCAGCAACAACCCCCGCCGCCCGCGGUCGGCCCCCGGGCCGCAGCCAUGGCCCCCCCGAGCGGCGGCGUUCCCCCGGGCCUCGGCGGCCGCCCUGCCUGCACGCUGCUCCUGCUCUGCUACCUGAAUUUCGUACCAUCUUUGGGCAGGCAGACUUCCCUGACGACGUCGGUGAUACCCAGAGCCGAGCAGAGUGUGGCUUACGAAGACUUUAUUUAUUUCACUGUCUUUGAAGGAAAUGUUCGCAACGUUUCUGAAGUCUCGGUGGAAUAUUUAUGCUCUCAGCCUUGCGUUGUCAAUUUGGAAGCGGUUGUCUCGUCUGAGUUCAGAAGUAGCAUCCCCGUGUACAAAAAAAGGUGGAAGAAUGAGAAGCAUCUUCACACCAGCAGGACACAAAUAGUACAUGUGAAAUUUCCAAGCAUCAUGGUUUACAGAGAUGAUUAUUUCAUCCGACACUCCAUCUCGGUGUCUGCCGUGAUACUACGCGCCUGGAUUACUCACCAGUAUAGCGGCGGAGACUUGAAUGUCAAAUGGGAGGAGAAUUUGCUGCAUGCCGUGGCGAAGAAUUAUACUCUGCUGAAGACCGUCCCACCUUUUGAACGCCCUUUCAAAGAUCAUCAAGUGUGCCUUGAGUGGAACCUGGGUUAUAUUUGGAACCUCCGUGCAAACAAGAUUCCUCAGUGUCCUCUUGAGAAUGAUGCGGUCACCCUCCUGAGCUUUCUCUAUGCCUCGAGUGGAGAAAACACAGGCAUCGUGAAGAAGUUCCUGAGAUUUCGGAACCGAGAGCUGGAGGACCGACGCCAGCGGAUAGAUUACCCAGUUACUGUUUCAUUGUCUUAUUUGCUCCAUUAUUGCAAGGCCAAUCUCUGUGUCCUGUACUUUGUCGUCAAUGAGAUGUACGGCACGCCUUCUGUAUUUCUACCGAAGAGGGUAAGCCACCUGCACAUUCAGAUGCAUCUUGUCAAAGGAGACGACCUUGGUAAAACGAAAUUCACCAUACCUUUAAGGAGUGGCUUCGCUGGAUAUCUCUUUUAACGCGGCCAGAUCGUAGUAACCGCCAGCAGCGGCAGAUUUGAAAACUACCAUAAUCAGACCAUUAGCUUCCGUGAAGAUUUCCAUUAUAAUGACACCGAUGGAUACUUCAUUAUUGGGGGGAGCAGGUAUGUGGCCGGCAUUGAAGGGUUUUUUGGACCCCUGAAGUACUAUCGUCUCCAUGCUCUGCACCCUGCUCAGAUUUUCAAUCCCCUCCUUGAGAAGCAACUUGCUGAGCAAAUCAAGUUAUAUUAUGAAAGAUGUGGAGAGGUUCAAGAAAUUGUGUCUGUGUAUACAUCCACCGUACAGCAGGGGAGCGGGAGGCCAGAAGCAUGCGGCCUCCGGAAUUCCUACCUGGACCUGCAGCGCAGAUACGGGAGGCCCUCGACGUGCAGAGCCUUCCCCUGGGAGAAGGAGCUGAGAGCCAGGCACCGGAGCUUGUUCCAGGCCUUGCUGGAGAUGGGGUUGGUGACAGUGCCAAGGAGCCAAAACGAAUCUGUGUUAGAAGUCGGUGGGCGGAUGUUCGAGAAGGCAGUAAAGAGACUCUCCAGUGUUGAUGGUCUACACCAAAUUAGCUCUGUCGUCCCCUUUCUGAUGGAUGCCAGCUGCUGUGGAUACCAUAAAGCAUCCUACUACCUCGCCGUCUUUUAUGAAACUGGAUUAAAUGUACCUCGGGAUCAGCUGCAGGGCAUGUUGUAUAGUUUGGUUGGAGGCCAGGGCAGUGAGAGGCUGUCUUCCAUGAACCUUGGGUACAAACACUACCAGGGUAUUGAUAAGUACCCCCUGGACUGGGAGCUGUCCUACGCCUACUACAGCAACAUCGCCACGAAGACUCCCCUGGACCAGCACACGCUGCAAGGCGAUCAGGCAUAUGUUGAAACAAUUAGACUAAAGGAUGAUGAAAUACUCAAGGUGCAAACCAAAGAAGAUGGAGACGUCUUUAUGUGGCUGAAGCAUGAAGCUACUCGCGGCAACGCGGCAGCUCAGCAACGGUUGGCCCAGAUGCUGUUCUGGGGCCAGCAAGGCGUGGCCAAGAAUCCCGAAGCAGCCAUCGAGUGGUACGCCAAGGGCGCCCUGGAGACCGAGGACCCCGCUUUAAUAUACGACUAUGCCAUCGUCUUAUUCAAGGGUCAAGGAGUGAAAAAGAACAGACGGCUUGCCUUAGAGCUGAUGAAGAAAGCAGCUUCCAAGGGAUUGCAUCAGGCAGUCAAUGGUCUGGGCUGGUAUUACCACAAAUUCAAGAAAAAUUAUGCCAAAGCAGCCAAGUACUGGUUAAAAGCAGAAGAAAUGGGGAACCCAGAUGCAUCAUACAAUCUUGGAGUCCUGUAUUUGGAUGGCAUCUUCCCCGGAAUUCCUGGAAGGAAUCACACUUUAGCUGGUGAAUAUUUCCAUAAGGCUGCACAAGGCGGACACAUAGAAGGAACGUUGUGGUGCUCGCUCUACUAUAUCACAGGCAACCUGGAGACCUUCCCUCGAGAUCCCGAGAAGGCUGUGGUAUGGGCAAAGCACGUGGCAGAGAAAAACGGCUACUUGGGCCACGUCAUUCGCAAAGGCCUCAACGCCUACCUGGAGGGCUCUUGGCACGAAGCUUUGCUGUAUUAUGUUUUAGCAGCAGAAACUGGAAUUGAAGUGUCACAGACAAAUUUAGCACACAUCUGUGAGGAGAGGCCAGACCUGGCCAAGAGAUACUUGGGUGUUAAUUGUGUUUGGAGAUACUAUAAUUUCUCUGUUUUUCAAAUCGAUGCUCCUUCAUUUGCCUAUUUGAAAAUGGGAGACCUUUACUACUACGGCCACCAAAACCAGUCCCAAGACCUGGAGCUGUCUGUGCAGAUGUACGCCCAAGCAGCUCUGGAUGGAGAUUCCCAGGGAUUUUUUAACCUGGCCCUGCUAAUCGAGGAAGGUGCUAUAAUCCCACAUCAUAUUUUGGAUUUCUUAGAAAUUGACCCGACCAUCCAUUCUAAUAACAUCUCCAUCCUCCAGGAACUGUACGAAAGGUGCUGGAGCCACAGCAGCGAGGAGUCCUUUAGCCCCUGCUCCCUGGCCUGGCUUUACCUUAACCUCCGGCUUAUGUGGGGCGCCGUCCUGCACUCCGCCCUGAUCUACUUUCUGGGAACCUUCCUGCUGUCUGUAUUGAUCGCCUGGACUGUGCAGUAUGUCCAGUCUGUCUCAGCCAGCAGUUCCCAUCCAACACCAGCCCAGUCUUCCUCAGACCCUCCUGCCCCCACUGCAAGUCCAGCUGUGACUCCAGCUACAGAUGCCUCUGCUCAGGACCAGCCCACGCUCACUAAUAAUCCAGAGCCACGUGGGUGAACUGUGCCCUCCAGGUCCUUCCUGAUGAGAAAGAAGCCUUUCAACCGCUGGUAUUGGAAAGCUGGGCAGGGCAUUCGGCACCUUAAAUGUCUUGUCAACUGGAUGCGAAUUUUGCACUUGGUGUCUUUAUCUUUUUUUUUUUUUUUUUUUAAUCAAGGAAAUACCCAGAGCAGACAGUGGUUAUACCAAAGGUUAUCAAAUAAAUACAAGGAGCUUCCUGGUCGCAGGCAUGCCAGGAGGUACACUGCGUCACGGAGAUGUCUGCUGCUGAUGAAUGUGUGUGGGGGAAGCCAGAGUUUGCCCUGUAUAAGGUGUAGACAUAUAGGGUGUAUAAGGUGCAUCUGAAUCCUUACACACCGAAAUGUAUUUUAAGAAUCUCCAUCCCUUGUUCAUUCCCUUUUCUUAAAGAACAGAACAUGGUAAUAUUUUGGUACUUGUGUUUGCCGCUGCCCUGCUCCUCGCAGUCCCAUGGACAGAUUUCAGUUGGAUUUCCAAGACCUAGCAGUUCUAAGGCAUCUUGAAGCAAAUAGGUUAUGGCUGGAAAUACAGGGAAGGCGAUGGCUUUGUAAAUCGGUUUACAUUUCUCUCCUUGAGUUUUUCUAGGGUCGUAGUGCUUCCGAAUCAUUUAAUGAUGCUGUUGGCAAUCGUUUACUUUUCAAUUGCAAUCCGUAAAAUAACAUGUAGAAAAUUCUUAGUAUUUAAGUGUAGUCUUCUCCAUGAAUCACCCGUUAGAAUAGACUGGCAGCCGUGGAAUAGGCAGGAAAUAAGCCUUUAGCUCAUAGUCUCAUUCCCCACCCUUUAUGCCUGCCUGCAUCUGUGUAGGGGUGUGUGUGUGUCUGUGUGUAUGUGUCUGUGUCUGUGUGUAUGUGUGUGUGUGUGUGAGAGAGAGAGAGAGAUUGGGGAUGAGCAGACUAUCUACACUGUAUGUUGCUAAGGUAAUAAAUAAAUCAGUAAUGCAAUAUUGUGGGUUCAAACUCCUCUUUGCACUACUUUAUUUACAGUAGUAAAUAAAAAUUAUUUUUAUACCAUUGA